AUGCACAAGAGAAAAAGGACUGAGGAGAAUGCGAAGUGCGGCAAACAGGAUUCUGUGGACAAAUCACCUCAUUCAAACCGACGUUUUCAGGCAUUUAUUAACCGUUGGAGGGAGGACGUUGCGCAGCCUUCAGCCGUACAGCGCCCCUCUUCCAUGCGUCCCUUAUGCCCACUGCCAACUAUACUGAGGGUUUUAGAUCCUUGUCAGACCCAUCCCUCUGGCGGGAUUCCUGAGAAGCAAACAGACAGCGCAAAGCUAGCUUGUCAUGAGACUUCAAGAGGCACUGGGGUCGUUUAUGACGAGUAUAUGCUCCAGCAUGUUUCUCCCGACCCACGUGAACUCGAACGACCGUCUCGGCUUCAGCGAACCAUAGCGCAUCUCACUGCCGUGGGCCUCUUGGAGAGGUGCGUGCGGGUUGAAGCUAAAAAGGCUACAACGAGGGACCUACGUCGUGUUCACACAAGAGAGCACAUUGAUUAUGUUGACCAGUUGGAUUUUUUCAUGCAAUUUAAGGACCAUAGAUCGAUGAGCGUUGGGCAGGAUCUCUACGCCUGCGAAAGCACCUCCAAAGUAGCUCGUAUGGGGGCGGGCUCGGUCGUAGAGGCAGCGCUUGCCGUUGCCGAAGGGCGAGUCCAGAAUGCUUUUGCAUUCGUGCGCCCGCCAGGCCACCACGCUUGCGCGGAGUUGCCAUCUGGGUUCUGUUUCUUUAACAACGUUGCGGUCGCCGCCCGCGCGGUUCAAGAAAAGCUUUCCGUUGAUUCAAGGCAUCUGAAAGGAGAUAAGCCGCAUGUUCUCAUCCUCGAUUGGGACGUGCACCAUUGUGAUGGAACUGAGUCGAUUUUCUACGAGAAUCCAUCCAUCAUGGUCAUUUCCAUCCACCAAUACGGUAAGAAGCGUGGUCAUGUUCUGCGCAAACCACCCUCUCGUGCAGCACCUGAAACGAGCAUAGCGGGCCAAGCGCCACAAGAGCCUACAUCUGAGCUUAGCGUUGAGGCGUUAGGAAUGCUCCUGCCCACCGAUGAGGAGAUAAAAACAUUGAAUGGGGGAUGUGUGGACUUACGUGCCGUUCCGGAGACUGACACAAUGCCGUCAGGUGCUCCUGAAAAAAGGCAGCAUAAAGUGGUUGAUUACAACCAGUUGGCUGUGGAUUUGGUGGCAAGCGACGGCGAGGCUGCAGCCAUGUUCGGAGUGAAUUUGUCCAGCUCGUCCGCCACCAGUUCGCGAACAACGUCAACAGAUAGCGCCAGGGGAAGUAGUGCAGACUUGAGGGGCAACCCUGCGUGGCGGCACGCCGGUGAUACUGAGGGGCUUUCACUUGACAGCGAAGUUGAUUCCUCCGGGUUUGCUUCAGGUGAAGAACCUUUCUACCCUGGUACAGGCCAUCUUAACCGCGUUGGGGGUGAGCAUAUCAUUGCGGCACGGGGACGCAAUCUGAACAUUCCGUGGCCCACUCACGGCAUGGGCGACUUGGAGUAUCUUCAUGUUCUAAAUGAAGUCGUAGUCCCUGCCAUGGCUGAAUUUGACCCCCAAGUUGUUUUUAUUAGCUGCGGUUUUGACAGCGCCGCUGGCGAUUUGCUUGGUUCGAUGAACCUUACCCCUUCGGGCUACUACAUGAUGACCAAACUCAUAAGUAGGCACUGUCCGCGCCUAGUGGUGGCCCUGGAGGGCGGCUAUCACGUGUCCAAUAUCGCCCUCUGUUCAGAGGCUGUUCUGCGGGCACUUCUCGAAGACUCUUCGUGCGGCGGUGACGCUCCCCCUUUACCCCGCACACGCAUGCUCUUGGCUCAAAGCAGCUACUUAAUCGAGUCGAUAAAGGAACAGCACAAGGAAUUUCUGAAGUGUUUUCAGUAA